AAACCAGGCAAGACAAUCGACAUUGAAUUGCUUUGCAGUGGCGGCGAAUUUCACUUUUCAUUCUCCAACCUUUUUAUGCAUGGAGCUCCAAAUGCACUAAUGGAUUUAAGCUGUGUUUUCCAAAAGCCAGGUGUCAAGGAUCAAAUGGUUAGCCAUAUAAGCCAAUUGCCUGAUGAAAUCCUCUGUAGCAUUUUAUCUUUGCUAACAGUGAGAGAUUCUGUUUGGACAAAGUCAAUGGUAAAUCAGUGGAGAUCUCUACCCGAUAUACGCUCGAGUCUUGAGUUUGAUGCUUGUAAUGUUUUUGGAAAAGAAGAAAAACUCUGUUUUGGAAAUAAAUUUCAUCGAUCCCAGUUUGUGUCAGCUGUUGAUAAGUUUAUGGAGCUUUGGAGGGGUACAAAAGUAAAUAGGCUAAAUGUCGAUUUCGCCCUUGGAAAUGAACACGCUUCACAUAUCGAUAGGUGGAUUUUAACUGCUAUUAGAAUGGGCGUUGAGGAAGUUCGCCUUAAUUUUAUUCAUACCGAUCAUGAAAGUUAUCGUUUUCCCUCUCGUCUUGUGGACUUUGAGAAGUACUCAUCUUCGUUGAAAUCUCUGUGCCUGAGAAAAUGCAAAUUACAUCUUUACCCUGAUUGUCAAAUUUGGUUAAGUCAUUUAACUGUACUUGAAUUGAGUUGUGUGCCUUUAAAUUGGUUUUCCGUGAGGUUUAUUCUGUCUGGUGGUUUAAUCCUCACAUCACUUACACUGUCUGAUUGUUCCCUGCCGAGAGUAUUUCGGAUCGAUGGGACUCAACUCCAUUGCUUGAAGAAACUAGCCAUUAAAGAAAAAGUGAUGAAAAUCGAUCUAAAUUGUGAAAAUCUCGAGUCUUUUAAAUAUUAUGGAGAAUCGGUAGAUAUUACAUUUAUUCACGUCCCAAUAUUGAGAGAAGUGGACAUAUGGCUCAAAUUCGGUUUGACGGCCUCAGGGAUUUUCGAUAAUCUCAUGAGAAAUGCUCCCCAACUCGAGGCUUGAUCCUUAUGCAUGAUGAUUGAUGUAGUAAGACCACUGUCUUCUGCAAACAUUGCUAAGUCAUGUCUAAGGAAGCUCGAUUUACAUGCUAAGAUCCCAUCCGGUUUUAAUCUUUUAAGUAUUAAUUAAUUGUUGAAAGUUUACCCUUUCCUCGAGAUAUUGCAUCUAAAGUUGAGUCUUCGAGAACACACCGUACGUAGGCAAGGAGGAGGGUAUUGUGGUUGUUGGGUUCGCUAUACCGUGCGGGAUAAAACGCAGCGGAAAUAAAACAA